UCUGAGGUCUGGUGGAAUACAUAUCCCCUGUAUAGUCCCAGCACACACAACUCUCAGUUGUUGACUAAAGAGUGCGGGGUUAAUCACUGCAUGCACAGAGAGUAGGUUACACCCUGGAUAUUGACGUCAGAAGUCUCAUUUCCUUGCUUGUUGAGUACAGCUACAAUGGAGUCCAGGAUGUCUCAGCAGCUGGUCGAGAGUGAAAGGGGUUUUUUCCCACCACAAACCCAGCAGUACGUCGAGAUGCCAGCUACAGCUAUCAACAUAGGGAUGCCUCCCCUACCUAUCAAGGACCACUUCCUCUGGUCAAUCUUCAACUUUGCUUUCUGCAAUUUCUGCUGCCUUGGUUUCCUGGCUUUGGUCUUCUCGGUGAAGGCUAGAGACCAGAAAGUCCUGGGGAAUAUCUACGAGGCCAACCACCAUGGUUUCACAUCUAAAGCCCUGAAUCUGACAGCCACAAUCCUGUCAAUCCUCUUCUUUGUGAUUGUGUUUGGGCUGCUGGUUGGCGGAGUGAUCAGCGUUUACCAGAGAUGAGGACCGGGAUCAUCUCUCGGUGGUUGGGUUUCCCUUUGCUCAUCCUGCCCGGAGUCUGGAUGCUGCAGCUGCUGCUUAGCUACUGACUUAAAACCAUUCUAAGUGUCUCAAAAUGCAUACUACUGCUUUCUGUAGCUUUUGAAUAAAGUACAUGUGCCAAAAUUAAAAUGAGGUCGAUACUUUGGGGUUCUAACAUCUAACUGUCACUCAUUCGUUGGGGGCACUUCUCCAUUUUUGUGGACGGUUGCGAAGAAAAAGCAUUUCAGGAUGUAUAUUGUAUACAUUUCUCCGACAUUAAAUGUAUCUUUGAAACCUCUGACAUGGAUGGAAUAGA